CCCACCCCAUUAAGAGCUUACAUAUUGGAAACAAUGGAUGAGCCAGAGAACAAAGUUAGUCAAAUCUUGGAUGAAUUGCUAUCUGGUAAUUUUGAAGAUCUGGAAGGGGAUGCAGCAGUCAGUCUUUUACAGAAGCGCUUGCAGAUCAAACCCAUUGAUCUAGAGAAGUUAACUCUCCCAGACUUGAGAGGUUUUCAAAAGAUCAAUGCGAAAUCUUCAAGGAAAAACAUGCCAAAGCCUCGGAAUGCUCUAAUGGAUAUAGGUAAUCUGUUAAAACGAAUUAGCAGUGAAACACCCGUGAAGAUGAUACAUGAGGCAGAAAGCUCUGUUCAUCACCUAGCUUCACCGACACCCCCAAGAAGUCCAUUUGCUCCAUUAUCAUUAUUACAGAGACGACUUUUGCAGUCGAAGCCCUCAAGUGAUCCAUUUUCAGUUCCUGAUUUUGGGGAAGUUGACAUUGCAACUGCUAAAACAGGUUCACCUGAGGUGGCUAGUGGAGAUUUUACUUGUACAUCUCAAACAGUUGUGCAAGGUAAGUCAAGGAGACUUUCUGUUGGAGUUGAUAUCAGUUCAAGUGGAAAUUGUGUUGGCAAUUUGGAUAACGUUGGAGGCACUAAUAUGGAUAAUGAAGUUAUCGAUGAGCAAUUCAGUGAGCAUGAUGCUAAUAUUUAUCCGCACUCAAAUGGAUCCAAUAACUUGGAGGAAAAGGUGGAAGACAUGCUAGGAACUGUGGAAGCAGUGGCUUCUCAAACGCCCAAUCGUAUCAUGGCUGACUCAAGUGAGGAAAAACUCAAACUACAUUCAGACUCCAUUGUUUAUGAUUACAUUUAUCUGUUUUCGCGUUAUGAUAAAUACUUGUGA